GUCAAACAGGAACUUUGUUGUUUGUCUUAACAUUAAGUAUUGCGAAAAAAAUGAUCCAGUGAUGUGGGCUCAUUACACGUGCUUUUGUUUAUUUGAACAUGAUGAAAGAAAAGGGGUGAAAAUAAUAUGAAAAAAAAAUAAAAUAAAAUAAUGAAUGAGAAGACUUUGCUCUCGUUUUUCUGGGAUCUAGCAUCUACAAAUGAAACAACGCGCGUUGAUACAGCAAUAAAUUUAAUUAAUCAUUUACAAUCGUGUGACAGAGCGUUUGAGAAAAAUGAGGAAAUAGAAGAUUCAAAGUCAGAUGAUCUGAAGUACACAUUAAAUCGUCUUGUGAAAGGUUUGGCAUCAUCACGGAAGGCUGCAAGACAGGGCUUUGCAAUGGCUCUUAUUGAAAUUGUUCUCCUUUUUGAUUCCAUCUCUGUGGAGGAUAUUCUUGAGUUGAUGAAAGAAUCUCUCACUGUUACUAAGAAUUCUUCAGCUCAGGAAGAAAGAGAUGCUUAUAUUGGACAGAUAUUUGGGCUUUUCAUCAUUGGAAGAGCAGUCUGUUUAGCAAAAAAUCAGAAAAAUGAAAGAAUUGAAUUAUCAUCGAUUAAUCUGAUUAUUGAAAACUUGAAGGAAUUAUCAACAAAGAAAAGCUAUCUUCAAGAAACAUGUUAUAAAGCAAUUGUUGAUUUAGUUUCAAUGUUGCAGUUUAGUGACUUUCACCAGCAUAUCUUGCCCAUUCUCGAGAAUGAUUUAAAGUGCAAGUGGGAGAGGUAUUCCCCAGAUUGUCUCUUCCUUGUGUUGACUCUAUUGAGAUUGUUUAAGCAUGAGUUGAAAGGGAAAUACUUCAAGAAAUCUUGGACGAAUCCUAAUUUUGAUUCAAAAGAAAGCUAUCCUAUUCUUGCCAAGAUAUUGCAGAAUUCUCAUAAUGCACAUCCAAGGGUCCACAUUGUUUGGCAAGAAGUCUUUUCUUUUAUGUUGAUGUCAGAAAAAGCUGAUUUCAAAAAAUUCUGGUUAAUUGUUGUUGAUGAAAAUCUCUUUCAAUCAUCUCACGAACGAAAGUUUUUGGGCUUUAAACUUCUUGAAAAAGUGCUUCCUAUGUUGUCUGUUGAUCAGGUUGAAAUCGUUUUCAGUCCACAGUUAAUGCGUUGUCUCUUCAACUCUCUGGCUCAUGACACAAAUUAUCUAUACCCUGCAACAAAGCAAAUGAUGGAAAGCAUUGGAAGUGGAAUCAUUCAACAAGAAAAGCAAGAACUGAUUUCUGCUGUAGUUAUGCAACUUCUGACAAGGAAUGGAAAUAUUUGUUUCGACGCAAUUACGAAGACGAAAACUGUUGAAAAUCUAAUACCUAAGUUACGUUUGGAGGAUUUGCCUGAUUUGAUUUCAUGUUUGAAAGAAAUGUUUGUUACUACCGAUAAAAUCUUGGAAGAUACUGAAGAUUCUGGAACUCAACUUCUAAUGGAGAAGAAAAGAGAAGGGGUUUUAAAUUUGUUUUCAUCGUUGAUAAGAUGCAAACAGCUCAACCAUACAAAAUCCUGGGUUUUGGAUGUGGUAUAUUUUGUGUUUGAGAACGCCUACUUCGUCAAGUUAUCGUCCACGCCGUUAUCUCCUCGCACACGGGUUCUUUGUCAGCAGCGUUUUAAAGCCAUCCUUGGAGAGCUUGCCUCACUACCACAAAAUAAUACUGAAGCAAUUUUAUAUGGCAAAAUAAGCGAGUCAACCGUUCAAGGUAAACGCCACGGAUAUGCUGAUGAUGGACGACUGUGGAUUUCGCACAUCAUGCAACACGCCAAGGAGCUUAUACAGAACAGAACCAGUGCAAUUUCCGUGGAAAUUCCUUGGGAUAACGAGGCUCACAAGGUUUUUAAAAAAACCCUGAAAAUUGUCAAAAAGUUAGAGAAAAAAACGAAUGAUUUGUCUCCAGAGGAAAACGCUUUCAUUUUGAUGUUUUUGUAUGUUGGUGUUGAACUCUUCGUUGAUGUAAAACAAGCUAAAGAAAUCUUGGAGGAUCUUUUUCAUUGCUAUGAGAAUGUAACGACAAAAACUUCAACUGAUUCUCAAGAGGAAAAUGAACCUCACUGGAUGGAUGUCGUAACUGAAAUCUUGCUCAGUUUAAUUACCGAGUCAUCAAAUUUUCGUCGUCAGGUCGUUGAUCAAGUUUUCAACAUCAUUGUCCCUCAUCUAACAUCGUCCUCCCUUAAGAUCAUCUUAGAGGCUGUUCAUCCUAGAAGCGGUUUAUAUGAAGAUACUGAGCUUCAUAGUGAGGAAAACGAAGAUUUCGAGCAAGAAAAACAGCUACAGGAAGAAUCUGAUGAUGACUCUGAAAGCGAUGACUUGUCUGAUGACGAUAUUGAUGAUGAUGCAAAGGAUCCUGUUGAUCCGUUACUGAAAAUUGAUCUUCAAGCUGCUCUUGGAAAUGCGGCAGUCAAUGAGAAAGAUGGUGACAGCGACGAGUCGGGCCAAUCAGAAAGUGAUCUUGAUGAUGACGACAUGAUGCAACUGGACGAAGCUUUAUCUGAAAUAUUCAAGCAGCGUCUUCGCACAAAACAUGACAAGAAGAAAGUCGAAGAUGCAAGGAAGACUUUACUACAUUUUAAACUCAGAGUGUUGGACUUGGUUGAAAUAUUAGUGAAAAAACGACCCAAAGAUGAAAUCAUUCUUGAGUUAAUUCAACCUUUGUUGGAGGUCAUUCAUGUGUGCUUAGCCGACAGAGAUUCGAAAACGUUGGGUGAACGAGCUAAAGGGAUAUUCAAAAACAAGUUGUGCUCUAUCAAAAAGGCACCUCAUCUCUCUUCAUCUUACAUUGAAAACGUUCAUAUGAACAUAGAAUUUUUGUUGGAGCAAGCGAAAAAAGCACCUUCUGUAACGAUGGUUACACUCUUGUCAUCGGGAUGUUUGUUUUUGAUAAGGCAGUUACGUGGAAACGAAGAGGCAAACUGUUCGAAUGGAAAGAAAACAAAACAGAAUAGUGACGAACGCCUUAGCGAGUCAAAACAUAUAAAUAGUGCUCGCGUGAUAAAGGCCUACGGGGAAGCCUUGGAAGAUUUCAUGCUUCAUCGGAGUACAAAUUUGCACCCUGUCAUAUUCCAAGAGCUCGUUAGCAGAUUUCCAGACAUAGGCUGGGGUUUGGCUGAAGAUUUGGUCACAUAUAUCACCAAAGGAAUAAACAACUUCAGAAAGAUUCAAGCUUGUGCAAUGUUGUCUCAGCUAAUCAGUCGGACGGCUCAUUUCAAAGACAAUAGAAUAAAGAGUAUAGCUAAACCGCUACAGGAGGCCUUUCAGUUGGUAUUCGUGGAUAGCUCCUCUCCAAAUACGGAAUUGAAAGCAAAACAUUUGAGGCAGAUCUUAAAGCUUGCUGCGCAAUUUGUUAAGCAAUUAAAGGCUGAUUCCGAACUUUUUUCAUUGCUUGAUGCAAAUGCUAUGGAAAAUGGCUUGGACAUUGCUUUCCAAAGUGCUGUUGCAGGAAGAUCGAAUGAUCUAAAAAACCUGAUAGUUUGUUUAAAGACUGAAAUCUACGGGAACAAGUUGGACAAAAAAUCAAACGGAAAACGAAAAAGGAAGCUCAGUGAUGGUAGGGAUGCUCUUUCUGGAUCGUUGGAGACUCUCACAGAAGACGUUAUUGACAAUGGAACUGUUAGAACGAAUCUAAAUACAAAAAAGAAGAAGGAUAACAAAAAAUGAGACAUAUGUAUGGGAUCUUUAAAUCAAUUGACCAUUGAACGCUGUGACCAGACUGACACUAAAUGAUCAUUUCCUACAACGAAAUGCCUUUCGAUUUAUCUCCAGUGCUGUUGUGAAUAUGUCCAUUGUUUGAAAGUCGAUGCUCCUAAUGCGUGGUUUGUUUUCUUGAUUGUCACUUUACGAAAUAAUUUUUUAUUACAUUUCAAGCAUUUAUUAUCGUAAAUAAACUAUAUUUUCCAUCACUA